AUGUAAAGGAGCAACUAAAUUUAAAAGCAACAAAACUUGUCUUUGCAAAAUUGUAGGAAUGGAAGUGCAUGCAAAUUCUUUAAAACUAACUCUUGCAAAUAUCAGCAUGCUAGAUCUGAUUAAUAGAAUGUACCUGGCAUGAGAACUUAACAAUACAGAUUCGAUUAAUAGUCUUCAAAGGCUCAAAGUCACUUCUAGCACUCUACUUUUAAUGGCAAAAGUCCUGCAUUCUAAGGCUAAUAAAAUCAGUUUCAAUAAAGACCCCAAACAGGAAAUUAGAGAUCAUAAAAUCAAUCAUAAUAGAGCAACAUGAGCGGAAUGUCUCGGUAGUAAAUGAGUAACAAUUAACCGUAGAUAACUGUCGACAUUACUGACUCUGAUGUAUUAUAGGCAAUAUAAAUAAAAACGAUUUUUUACUGCGAAUCAGAGUUCGGAGUCUAAAUAAGUGUCAAACAACUUUAGAAUAAUUCAUUCUAGUAGCAAGAACAAUAAUUUGGCACCAUGUCCAUCACUAAUAAUUCAGGAGGCUUCUAAUGGUAUUAUAAAGUUUAUAAGCAUGAUGCAAAUUAUGCUAGUAGGCAAGAUUAAAUAAAUGAUUGGUUUGAACUUGACAAUGAUCAAAAUGUUUAGGUUGAAUCUCACUACUAAGAUUGCUGUAAUAAGAAUUCCUUUGGCUCUGAAUAUUACAUUGUUGGGGAUCAAAAUAGAAUUAAAAAUGGAUUCGGAUAUGCUGUAUUUGGUAAUAGUCAAGAUCCAUCUACAUGGUAUGAAAAAAAUAUGUAAAUAGGUACCUAAAGAUAACUUUAAAGAAGAGUGACCCCUUAAACAUAAACUGUUUCAUAAGUAAUGACCCCAUAUUAGAGCAACCAAAAUUAAUCUUAAACUUAAAUUUACUAAGUUACAGGUACUUAAUCCUAGAUUCAGUACUUCAACACCUAACUUAAAUAAUUUUACAAGAACUAAAAUGUAUUUGGAAAUUCUUGA